ACCUUGCCGCACCACCAGACAACUACCGCCAUACAACCGCCAAGAUGGUCUUAGAAGCUACUAUGAUUGUUGUGGACAACAGCGAAGCCAGCCGCAACGGCGAUUACGUACCUUCACGAUGGGAAGCCCAGUCCGACGCCGUGAACCUCAUCUUCUCGUCGAAAACGAAUGCGAAUCCUGAGUCAUCAGUAGGCCUUAUGAGCAUGGGAGGCAACCAGCCAGAGAUCCUCACAACUCUCACAACAGACAUUGGCAAGGUCCUAGAUGGGUUGCACAGGACGAAGAUAAAGGGCAGCUCGCACUUCGUCACUGGCAUCAACGUCGCAGCCUUGGCGCUCAAGCACAGGCAGAACAAGUCUCAGAAGCAGCGGAUAAUCAUCUUCAACUGCAGCCCCGUCGAGGAGGAUGAGAAGAGCCUGGUCAAGUUGGCGAAGAAGAUGAAGAAGACAAACAUCAGCAUCGACAUUGUUGCAUUCGGUGAGCUCAACGACGAGACACUGAAGAAGCUCCGGGCUUUCAAUGAGAACUCGCAGAGCGCAGAGGGCUCUCAUCUCGCGGAGGUACAACCUAGCGGCAACCUUCUCAGCGACUCGCUUGUCACAACGCCCAUUCUUGGUGGAGACGGUAGCUCCGGUGGCGCAGGCGCAGGGCCAUCUGGAGGCGAGGCUGGUGGCUCAGGCGGUAACGACUUCGAGUUCGGCGUGGACCCGUCAGUAGACCCAGAAUUGGCAUUAGCGCUGAGAAUGAGUUUCGAAGAGGAGAAGGCACGGCAAGAGAAGGACAAGAAGGCGAAGGAAGCAGCCGAAGGCAAGACAGAGCUCGAGGGUAUUGCAGAAGGCGAUGAGAAGCAGCCUCUGCUGGGUGACCAGGGAGAGGGUAGCAGCAGCAAAGACAAGAAGGACGACGAUGACAAGAUGGACACAGCAUGAUUGCCCAUCACACGUGUGCUUUGCAUUCAAAGGUUGGAUCUGUCCAGGCCGCAACAUGCUACACAGGCAUUCAUGGCGUCAGUCAUCUAGAUGAUACACUACAGCAGCUUGCAUGGAUCAAUGAGAUUACGAUAAUCAUUACAUUAUA